AGGCCUCCACACUUGCAGGUUCACCAGAGAAAUAGUGAAAGAACUGAAGAAGUCUCCGUAACGACGAUUUAGCCACGGAUUAGCACGGACGAGGAGGGGGAAGAGGUUAAUUGCGGCGCACGCAUCCGCGGACGAACGCUUCCCGACUCCCCCUCCUCCCACCCUCCCCGUUCCCUCCCGCAAGACGCUUGCCCCACUCCCCCUUCCCCUCGCUUCUCUGCCGGCCGCGCACGCGCGCUCGGGCCUCCGCCUCCCCUCGUCGGCCGGCUUCGCGGCGCAAGAGGAUCUCCAAAACUUUUCCAGUGGCAGCAGCCUUUUACAUUUGGUGUAGUUGAAAUCUUUGCAUUCGAAGACAUUUGAUUUGGCUUCACUGCCCACCUCAUGAGCUCACAAGUCUCCACAUCACGGGGGUUACUUCCCCCGGGCAAGCUUGGGACAUUCGAAUCCCCUCAUGUCUGGCCGCUGUCGGCACCUACAGGCCAGCCCGAAGCAGCUCGUGGCGACGACCAGGAUGUCAGGUUGUUGUCGGUUGCUUGGAAUCAGGAUUGUGGAUGCUUCGCUGCUGGUACCAGCAAUGGAUUCAGGAUCUUCAACUGCGAGCCUUUCAAGGAAACUUUCAGGAGGGACCUUAAGAGUGGUGGGUUUGGGAUUGUUGAGAUGCUGUUUCGUUGCAACAUCCUUGCUCUUGUUGGUGGGGGCUCCAAUGUGCAGUAUCCGCCGAACAAGGUGAUGAUCUGGGAUGAUCACCAGAGCCGUUGCAUUGGAGAAUUCGCCUUUCGCUCUGAUGUCCGGGCCGUAAAAUUGGCAAAGGAUUACAUCGUGAUUGUCCUGGAGCGGAAGAUAUAUGUCUACAACUUCACCGAUUUGAAGCUGCUGUACCAGAUUGACACCCUGUCAAAUCCCAAAGGACUUUGCUGCCUCUCCCAUCAUUCCAAUACUUCAGUCUUGGCAUGCCCUGGGGUGCACCAGGGGCAUGUUCGGGUGGAGCAUUUUGGGCUGAAGAUGACAAAGACAAUCCCGGCUCAUGAUUCACACAUCUCUUGCAUGGCACUGACAAUGGAUGGGCUCCUACUGGCAACUGCAAGCACAAAGGGUACUUUGAUCAGAAUAUUCAACACAAUGGAUGGCACUCGCCUACAAGAGGUACGCCGAGGACUUGACAAAGCAGAAAUAUAUAGCAUUGCGCUGUCGCCCAAUGUGCAGUGGUUGGCAGUGUCCAGUGACAAAGGAACUGUUCACAUUUUCUCUCUGAGAGUCAGAGUUGCUGGGGAGGAUGCAAGCAAUGAGCAACGCACUCUUGAAGGUCCACGGAUGGACCACCAGAACUCUUCCAGUUCUAUUGAUCCUCUUGUUCAGACGAACACUGGGUCCAAUGCGAGUUCAUCACUGUCUUUCAUGAGAGGCAUGUAUUCUCAUGAUCUUGUAAUCUUCUGACCUGAUUGGAGGCAAUUGUGCUGUUCCUGGAACUGGGGGGGGGGGGGUGCUCAUUGUUUGUGAUAUCAUUACAGUGCCCUCAGCAUUGCCCUCUGAUGUUGUUUGGUCAUGUAAUUAGGGAACUAGCAUGCAUGCACUCAUCGGAGCAUAUGUUCUCUUGCCUGCUCCCAACAUUGCACUCAUGGGAGCAUAUGAAGCACUACAGUUUGUUUGCUACCAUAUGGUUUGAGAUGAUCCAUUCAUCCAGCAUUCAUUGUAAAAGGGGCAUCCUACUCCCGUGACUUUCACUGGCUGUAAAUUCUAAUAUCUCCUCGAAGUGUCAAGCACUGAGUUUGCUGUGAGGUGUGGAAGUACUGAGGAUUGACUCAAAACAUAAAAUCAUGCAACCUCCUCUUUUCUUGUUUUGUAUCAUUGCCCUAAAUUUGCGGCCUAAUUAUGAGUUUGCCCUCUUUUUUUUUUUACUUUGUAUCAUUGCCCCAAUAUUUCCAAAAUGUUUGUACCAAUGCCUCUACUUUGCUUACACAAACCAGGGCAACGGUGCAAAGGAUUUCGGAAACAGUAGGGGCAACGGUGAAAGUUGAAAAGGAUGAAUACCCAUAGUUAGGUCUCAAAGUAGGGGCAACCAUGCAAUUAUAUCAUAAAUUAUUAAACAAGCUACUCCCUCUGUUUUAAUUAUGUAUGAACUAAUUAGCUUGCCCUAAACGUCAUAUGUUUAAAAAUGGAGGGAGUCAUCUCGAAAAAACAGGAGGGAGCACUUUCUAGCAGCUAAAGCACAUGUAUAACCAUACCUCUUAAAUCUAGUGCAUUAUUUACAUGUUUGCUAAAUCCUUGUCUCAUUUUAUAAUCUUGAGAAAUAAUUGAGGUUGGCUUCUCAAAUUGCACAAGUC